AUGCGCGGUCUUCGGAGAGCAGCAGCAGCAGCAGCUGCUGCUGCUGCUGCUGCUGCUGGGGCCUUCCUUAUAACGGAGACUGUCUCCGGCUCAAGUGUCUCCUUUGGUACCUUCUCUAGGACAUCUCCAGGGGCCCCCUCUGGGGGCCCCCCCGGGGGCCCCUCUGGGGGCCCCUCUGGGGGCCCCUCUGGGACCCCCCCCGGGGGCCUUUCCAGGGGUUCUUCUGGGGGCCCCUCCAGGGGGCCCCUUGGGGCCCCCCCCGGGGGCCCCCCAGGGGGCCUCCCUGGGGGCCCCCCCAGGGGCCCCCCCGGGGGCCCCCCGGGGGGCCCCCCGGGGGGCCCCCCGGGGGCCCCCCGGGCGUCUCUGAAGUUGGAGAACCCGCACGACCCUCUGUAUGGAGGGUCGAGGAGACUGGUGGGGGGCCCCCGACGAAGUGUCUCCUUUGAGCAGCUGGCAGCAGCAGCAGAGAGCAGCAGCAAAACUUUUGUGUCUGCUGCUUACCAAGUCAGUGUCAAAAGCAAAGAGACCCAUCUUCUUAUUGAACAACUUCGCAGCCAGGGGGCCCAGGGGGCCCCCCGGGGGGCCCCCCGGGGGGAGACGGGAAAGGAGACACUAAAGGGGACAGGGGAGGAGACAGAAGAGGAGACGGAAAAUAAAGGGGAAAGUGGAAAUGAAAAUGAAAGGGAAAAGAAAAGGCAAAAGGAGACAAAAUGGAAAUCCAAAAAGGAGACAAAAAAAUGGAUUCCGCAGACUUUCCGGAAAGUGUCCCUUGCUGAACAAGGUGAGGAGACACCUGGGCCCUUUUGUGUUUCUUUUCUCUCCUUUUAA